AGUAUUUUCCAGUGAUGUCUAUCAUUGUGUUGAUAUACCUGUUGUUAUGUUACAGCGAAAAAAGGGUACAUACAGACGUCAGCGGAAGAGAGAAUACAGGGUCCAACAGGAUAGAGAAUACAAGAAUGUACCACAGUCCACGGGAAAACGUUUUCUAUCCGAACACCUGUGGAUAUCUGUGGUGAAACCCCCCUCCAACCACUUCACCCGUGUGCAGAGGAUCUCCUGUUGUCUGUCCCUCCUCAUGUCCUUCAUGUUAGUCAACAUCAUGUUCUACCGGGGAGACAGGAACUUCGUACCCAGGGUUACCGGAGGGAGGGUCCAGCUGGAGCAACUGUUCAGCUGGGAUACAUUCAUCAUCGGCCUGGAGAGUUCCCUGAUCGCCUUACCAAUCAACGUCAUCGUCGUGGUGCUUUUCCGUUACGCCGGGCCACGUCGCGUCACGUCAUCUUCAGCAAACCGGUCCCACCCAAAGGACAAGAACGACUACGUCACUCCGCGGAAGGGUCGGGCCGUGGAUCUACCCCGUUACCUGCCCAGUGGAAAUGGCACGGGGUACACUGCAGAUCCUUCCGCGCACAUCGAGAAGCUAAAGAAGCAUGGAGGUAAGCUUCAUACUUAG